GCUAGAAUGAUAAUCGGAUCGAUAAUAGCCUAAAAUACUGAUAAAAUAGAUUUUAAUAAUAAUGAAAGUGAAAAAAUAAACACCUGAGUUUCAGUGUGACACGAUGAUUGGAGCAUACCAGGCUAUUAUUCUUGUUCUGUUUUUGGGCCACCUUCAUGGUGACCCGAACCCAGCCCAUCCAGCAUACAUAGAAGAUGUGCCAUUUGCUAGUUCAUCGAGGGUGGUGGCCGGCUGGCCGGCGGCGGAGGGCCAGUUCCCCCACCAGGUGAGCCUGCGCAUGAUCAGCCUGGGGGCCCGCAUCAGCGGCUGCGGGGGCUCCAUCAUCAGCCCGAAGUGGGUGCUCACCGCCGCCCAUUGCAUCGGUAACAACCGCGUCCACUUCAUGAUCCGCUACGGAGUGACGAACCUGACGAGGCCAGCGUACAUCGCGGAGACUAACAAGAAGUACUUCUUCCCCACCUACAACCAGUCCAGCACCCUUGUGCAGACUGAUGACAUCGGCCUGCUGGAGGUGGACGCUCCCGUACCUUUAGGACCCACGAUCCAACCGGUGCGUCUGCAGAGCAGUGCGCAGAAGAACAAGGUCUACACCGGCAUCCGCCUCACCGUUAGCGGCUUCGGACGCACUGACGACUUUGCCAACGGUGGUGGUCCAUCAGAGAUCCUGCUGUGGACGUUCCUGCGCGGCAUCAGCAACGAGGAGUGUCUGUGGUGGUAUCCCGGCCCGGAGGUCCAGGACCAGACGCUGUGCGCUGAAUACUACAACAACACUGCGCAGUCUGCUUGCCAGGGUGACAGCGGUGGUCCUCUGACGACUGUGGACUUGGAUGGUCAAAUUACUCAAAUAGGGCUCGUUAGCUUCGGUUCCUCAGCUGGAUGCAACAGUCCCUACCCUUCAGCAUACGUCCGCCCGGGGCACUACCACGAGUGGUUGCUCGAGACCACUGGAAUCAACUUCGACUGGGACAGCGACGCCAUUACUGAUCCACCUUCCACUGAGUCUGAAUCAUCAGAGUCUUCGGAGUCAUCAGAGUCUUCAGAGUCAUCCGAGUUUCUCAAUCGUCCGAAGCGUCACAAUCUUUAGAGUCGUAGGAAUUUAUGUAUAAUAAGUAUAUAUAAAUAUUAUAUAAGUAUUAAUGAGGAAACUAUAAUGGACUUUUUAAAAUUUGUAAAAAAAACUAUUAAAGUAACUAUUUGUACUGCCUGUUUAUAUUUAUUAGUUUUUCUAAAUUCGAAAGUGCUAUCUGUUGUUGAAUAGCAAAACUAAAUUUAACAUAAAUAUGCAAGUC